AUGCAGGUGCGGUGUCACAAGCUUCUGAUCUGCGACCCCCGGGACACCAUGAUCCUGGAGCUUGCUUCGCUGCGAACCGCCGUGGCGCUGCAAGUUCUGGAGCGUGUUUCACAUCAGGAACGCUUGAACCUGGACGAUGUGACUCUGAACAGCUUUGCCGAGGCAUGGUGCUUCUUUGACGACCUAUUCGCUCUGUGCGAGGGUGAAGAGGAUCUUUCAGAACGAUUUUCUGGGAGGCCCGCUCGCCAAGUCGUGGUUCAAGAUUCAGUCCGUGUCAAGGCUGGCGAGAACGCAGAGUCCUUGCAGUCUGCAAACCGUAGUGGAGCUUCUGGCAACACGGCCGCUGCCGGACCAGCGUUUGAGCGCGCUGGAGCUGCAUGGCUGGAGGACAACGUGGAGUUGGUACGUUCAGCUCUCGCGCCUUUCGAAGAUCAGCUUCACCAUUUACUGGAGGUGGUGUGCGAGGGCAUUGAGGGCGGAGGCCAGACUCUCGGCGAGGUGCUCGAGUCGCGCGGCAACAUCUGCCACACGCUCCGGUGCCUGCUCGCGAACAUGCAGGUCUGGGGUGCAUCGGGGAAUCCUCGAGCGGAAGGGUGCGAUUUUGCAUUCUUGUCGCUUGGCCAGGAGAUUCCUUCUGGUCUCCUCGAGAUUGACACUUUCCUUUCCAAGGAUGAGGUGAGUGCUCGCCAAAUGAGCCAAAGCCGUCUGUCCGAGAUGAUGAGCACGCUGCACCCGGACAGUCUUGCUCAGUUCCACAGACAUCUUGCACGGGCUCGAGUGACUGUAGUUUGGCGCGAGUUUCGACGCCGGCAAAGCGUUUUGCAAGGCGCGUUGGGCAGCCUCUGCGUUCAGGGCAAUGACGCUUCGCAACAAGAGCAGUUAGACCGACUGGUGCGCACGAUCAUUCUGAACCUGGACGAGAUUGGCAGCUUUGUUUCCACUCUCGCAGCGUUCUUCAAGAGUGUUGACCUUGCGGAGAUCAGCGAGAACCCCGUGCAGGGAGAACCCAGACCUGUCAUCGACAGGUCCGUUGCGGGCUACGUGAUGCAUGUAGACUGUGGCCACAACGGUCCUCUGGACGAGGUUGACCUGCGCCAGCUGUCGCUGCACUUGCGCGUGUCCAAAUUUGGAAGGCAGGAGGUGUGA